AAACCCUAAAGACGGAACACUUCCAUACCCCCACCUCGCGUACAUGGAGCACAGUUCCAUCUUCUUCACCUUCUUCAUCUACGCGAUGUUUGCCAUCAUACUCGAUUGCCUUAAAUCCCCAGUUCGCUACGAGCUAACCCUAUUCCUCACCGCCCUAACCUAUGCACAAUCCUUUGGUGGUUUGCACUUUCACACCGCAGACCACAUGGGACCGGAGGGCCAAUACCACCUUCUUUUCCAGGUGCUACUCCUUGUAGCUCUCUCAACAGCACUCUUGGGAAUCGGGUUUAGAAAGAGUUUUCUCGUCAGUUUUGUGCGGUCGCUCGUUGUGGUUUUCGUAGGAAUUUGGGACAUUUUCAUGGGUGUGAUGUUGUGGACACCUUCUUUGUUGGCCAAGGACUGUUUUUUGAGUGUAGAUGAAAUCACAGGUCAGAAAGUAGUUAGGUGCUCAGGAGAAGAGUCACUUCACCGAGCUAAAUCAAUUGUUAAUCUUCAAUUCAGCUGGCUUGUGAUUGGAAUGGCCAUAUUUGGGAUGUCUCUAUACUUGGUUUUGUUCAAGAUUUAUGAUGGAAAAGUUGACUAUUUUUCACUAGACAUGAUGGAAGAGCAAGAGAUAGAAGAAAAUGAAGAAAAAGACUACGUAAGCUAUGAUAUAGAAGAUAACAACAAACCACACAACGUCCAAAAAGUACUUAAUGAAAUGUUGCCUUAUAAAUGUACAUUAUAA